AUGGCUUCACUUAAAAUAUAUUCAGUUGGGAGACUAGCUAAAUAUGUCACAGAAUCCUCGUUACUUAAUAUAAGAUCCAGUAUAUGCAGAAGUUCAGUCCACAAAUACAGCACAGAAGAGAAGGCAGCUGAACCAGAACCUGAAAAGAACUUGCCGGCCUCCAUCGAGGAGUGUCACAAACAAAUUGAGAGUCUGACUGCUGAGGUUAACAGCUUCAAGACACAGGCUAAGGAGUAUGAGGACAAGUACAAGCGAGCGUUGGCGGACGGAGAGAAUGUGAGGCGUCGCAUGAUGAAGCAGGUGGAGGACGCCAAGUCAUUUGCUAUACAGAGCUUCUGCAAGGAUCUGCUCGAUGUGGCAGACACUCUGUCAGCGGCUGCGGAGUCAGUCCCCGAGGGUGUGGAGGGUGAGGGCGCUCCGGCCGCCUUGAGGUCGCUCAGGGAUGGACUCACACUCACACGAGCACAACUCACACAGGUGUUCAGUCGUCACGGGCUGGAGGUGGUGUCUCCUCUCCGUGAGAAGUUCGACCCCAACCUGCACGAGGCGCUCUUCACACAGGAGGUCCAAGGUGCAGAGCCGGGGUCCGUGGUGGCGGUCAGUAAGGUGGGCUACAAGCUGAGGGGUCGCUGUGUGAGGCCGGCGCUGGUCGGGGUCGCUAAGGGAGCCUCCUAG